ACAAAAAAACAAAAAGCAUUCCCCGGAAACUGGAAUUAAUCAAUCGAAGAGGAGGAAAAUGGAGAGACUGUGAAAAGUGAGGAAAGUCUAGAAGUUUGAAAUAUUAAAUGAGAAGAUACUGAGGAAAGCUUCUGAUUGUUUAUAAAUCAACUUGAGCUUAGCUCUCAAACUGUGAAGAUUUGGGGUAAAAAAGAGCCAUCUUCCUCAGAUCUUUACCACUUCACACCAAUUUCGCCGCCGAAAGUAGAGUCAAAAAAUGUCGGUGCAAGAGUACCUCGACAAGCACAUGCUCUCUCGCAAAAUCGAAGACGCCGUCAAUGCCGCCGUCCGAGCUAAAACUCCCGAUCCCGUCCUGUUUAUCUCUAAUCAUUUGAAAAAAGCGGUUCCUUCAGUGAUAACGAAGGUAAAAGCUCGGCAGAUUCUUGAUAGCAGAGGAAUUCCUACUGUUGAAGUUGAUUUGUUCACUAACAAGGGAAUGUUCCGUGCUUCCGUGCCUAGUGGCGACUCCACUGGAAUGUAUGAGGCUGUUGAACUGAGAGAUGGGGACAAGGGAACAUAUCUUGGAAAUGCUGUGACAAAAGCUGUUAAGAACAUCAAUGCGAAAAUAUCUGAAGCGUUGGUUGGUAUGGAUCCAACAGUUCAGCUUCAAAUUGAUCAGGCCAUGAUAGACUUGGACAAGACAGAAAAGAAGAGUGAGCUUGGAGCAAAUGCUCUAUUAGCUGUGUCAAUCGCUGCAUGCAAAGCUGGGGCUGCUGAAAAGGAGGUUCCACUUUACAAACACAUAGCCGAUCUUUCUGGUAAACCCAGCUCAAUCCUUCCUGUCCCUGCCUUCACAGUUAUCAGGGGUGGAAAACAUUCUGGGAAUAGUAUGCCCAUUCAGGAUAUCAUGAUUCUCCCAACAGGAGCCAGCAGAUUUGACGAAGCCUUACAAAUGGGCUCUGAGACCUAUCAUCACUUGAAGGCUGUUAUUGCAGAAAAAUAUGGUGCAAAUGAAUGUAAUGUUGGUGAAGAUGGUGGUUUUUCUCCUAACAUCUCCAGUGUUAGAGAAGGAUUGGAUAUUGUCAAAGAAGCUAUCGGCAGAACGGGGUAUAAUGACAGAAUAAAGAUAGGAAUUGAUGUUGCUGCUACUGAUUUUUGCAUAGGUACAAAGUAUGAUUUAGAAUUCAAAUCUCCAAAUAAAUCCGGGCAAAAUUUCAAGUCAGGAGAGGAUAUGAUUCAGAUGUACAGAGAACUUUGCUUCGAGUACCCAAUUGCAUCUAUUGAAGAUCCCUUUGACAAGGAAGAUUGGGAACACAGCAAGCAUUUUUGCAGUCUUGGACUAUGUCAGGUGGUAGGAGAUGACUUGUUAAUGUCAAAUCCAAAGCGCAUGGAGAGAGCAAUACAUGAAUCUGCUUGCAACUCUCUUCUUCUCAAGAUAAAUCAGAUUGGAACAGUGACAGAAGCUAUUGAAGUGGUAAAGCUGGCAAAGGAAGCCCACUGGGGAGUGGUGGUGUCUCAUAGAUGUGGGGAAACUGAUGAUUCCUUCAUAGCAGAUUUAGCAGUUGCCCUUGGUGCAGGUCAGAUCAAAGCAGGUGCUCCUUGCAGAGGAGAGCGGUUGGCCAAGUACAAUCAGUUGCUUCGAAUCGAAGAAGAGCUCGGAGAUCAAGCAGUUUAUGCUGGCGAAGACUGGCGACCGUCAUGUUGAUUGUCCUUAUAGGGUUUAUACUGGCAUCUUCUUCUUUUCUUUGACGUUUGAGCCUUUGAAAUAGUUUAGCCAAUGUAUUUAAACAAUUUGUUGAUUGUCAAUUUUUUUUUUGGAAAGUGCAAAAUUAAUUAAUUAAACGUGGAAUAUAUCGUUUUUGAAGGGAAGUAAACGUGGAAUUAUAUAUAGAUAA